GUGGGGUCGGAGUUCAGCCCCUCCUCUUCUUCCCUCCUCCUCUCGCUUCUCCUUCUCCUCAGCCGCCGCCGCUGCCGCCUCUCGAGGGCCCGGGUUCGCCGCCGCUUUCUGCCGUCUCCCGCCCUCUGCCCCGCGAUGGCGAACGUGGCCGAUACGAAGCUCUACGACAUCCUCGGGGUCCCUCCAGGCGCCAGCGAGAACGAGCUGAAGAAGGCUUAUAGAAAGCUGGCCAAGGAAUACCAUCCUGAUAAGAAUCCAAACGCAGGGGACAAAUUCAAAGAAAUAAGUUUUGCAUAUGAAGUUUUAUCAAACCCUGAGAAACGGGAGUUAUAUGAUCGAUAUGGAGAACAAGGCCUUCGAGAAGGUAGUGGUGGAGGCAGUGGCAUGGAUGAUAUUUUUUCUCACAUUUUUGGUGGAGGAUUGUUCAGUUUUAUGGGUAAUCAAAAUAGAAGUCGAAAUGGCAGAAGAAGAGGCGAGGACAUGAUGCAUCCACUCAAGGUGUCUUUAGAAGAUCUUUAUAAUGGCAAGACUACCAAACUGCAACUUAGCAAAAAUGUUCUUUGUAGUGCAUGCAGUGGCCAAGGUGGCAAGACAGGAGCUGUUCAGAAAUGUAGUGCGUGUCGGGGUCGAGGUGUACGAAUAAUGAUAAGACAGCUGGCUCCUGGGAUGGUACAGCAGAUGCAGUCUGUGUGCUCCGAUUGUAAUGGAGAAGGAGAAGUAAUUAAUGAGAAAGAUCGUUGUAAAAAAUGUGAAGGAAAGAAGGUGAUAAAAGAAGUGAAGAUUCUUGAAGUCCAUGUAGAUAAAGGCAUGAAACAUGGACAGAGAAUUACAUUUACUGGAGAAGCAGACCAAGCCCCAGGAGUGGAACCAGGAGACAUUGUUCUUUUGCUACAAGAGAAGGAGCAUGAGGUGUUCCAGAGAGAUGGAAAUGAUUUACAUAUGACACACAAGAUAGGACUUGUUGAAGCACUAUGUGGAUUUCAGUUCACAUUUAAGCACCUAGAUGCCCGUCAAAUUGUGGUGAAAUAUCCACCUGGCAAAGUAAUUGAACCAGGCUGUGUCCGUGUAGUUCGAGGAGAAGGAAUGCCGCAGUAUCGUAAUCCCUUUGAAAAAGGUGAUCUUUACAUAAAGUUUGAUGUACAGUUUCCUGAAAACAACUGGAUUAGCCCAGAGAAACUUUCUGAACUUGAAGACCUUCUUCCAGCUAGACCUGAAGUUCCUAGUGUGAUUGGUGAUACAGAAGAGGUAGAUCUUCAGGAGUUUGAUAGCACUCGAGGCUCUGCAGGUGGCCAGAGGAGGGAGGCUUAUAAUGACAGCUCCGAUGAGGAAAGUAGCCAUCAUGGACCUGGAGUACAGUGUGCCCACCAGUAAACAUUGCUUUAAAAAAGAAGAAAAAGAAAAGAAAAGUUGCACAAGAGGAAAUACUUUCCAGUUUUGCCUGAUUUGUUUUCAGCGAUCUAGCUGGAUUGUCUAAGCAAUCCAGAUGAACUGAUGGACAUCUAUUGCUGUAUGUGUAACUUUUAAAUUGGUUAUAGUAUCUACAGAGAGUGUAUAAUUUAAACUAACCACAAAGCUUUACAUCUUCAUUUUGACUGUUCUGUAGCAGAAUAAAGCACUUGAAAGGAAAAGAUUCCCUUUCACAUGGGUUCUAAGUUUCAGUACUGGUAUCCGUGCUUGAUUUUUACAGUUGUGUAGAUUUUGUUUCCUAUUUUAAAUUCAACUCCUACAUUGUAAAGUUUGUGUACAAUUUGUCCUGAGGCUUUGUAUUUGGCUGCACUUGCAUAAGCUGCUACAAAUAGAAUAAAGAAAUUUCAUAGCCUGUAUCUAUCAUUUAGAUGCAUGGUCAAUGGGCUUUGCACACAAUGGGUUUGGAGCUGAGUGGGAACAAUGGAAAAACUACAUUAAAAAUGGUUGUAAAGUUUUGGGAGGUUUUUGUUUUGUUUUGGGUUUUUUUUUUUUUAUUUUUUACCAUCUUGUAAAAGUUUCUGAACUGAGUAAUAAAAACAGUUGGUGGAAAUUAUUCCCAUGUGUCACAUUUUUAGAGGGAUGCACACACAUUGAGAGGGGGAAAAAAAUCUUGUUCUGCUUCUUAAACAGCCCUUAAAAAAAACCCAUUGGUGUAAAGUUUUUGUGCUCUAAGCACCUGCCCAUUUUGUAGUUUAUAAAUGACAAAAGUCGGAUUUUGGUAGAAACAGGCUUUAUUGAUAUAAAAAUGAGACUUUGUAGUGUGUGUCAGCCAAGGAUAUCUAAGUUAUAUAACCACUAAGUCUUGAUCCUCCCAGCAAUGCUGGCCAGGCUAAUGCCUUUCUAUACUCCCUUUUUAUAGGGCUCAACUAAGGUUACAGCAAAUCAGUAGUAGAACCAUGUCUAUAUAGAACCUAUUACAGUGCUGUAUUCAUAAGUGUUAAGUAAGUUAAUAAUGAUCUGUCUUCCAUUUUCAGUUAAGUAUUUGAAACUGGGGGAGCAAUGAUUGUUACUAGAAUUUUAGGAAAGUAAGAAGGUUAAACUGGUGUAAGAGAAAUUGGGUAAAACUAUAACAUGAAGGUGUAAAAAAAAUGUUUUGAAGUUAUUAUGUUUCUGUUCUUUCUACCCUUUGAUCUUUCCUUUACUCCCAAGUAGAUGUUCAUUGAACACAAUGAUUUGAGGGGGAAAAGGUAGAAGUCAAAUUAUCUAUUACAUCAUUUAAUAGCUUCUGUAAAUGGGACACAUAAGAAAGGAGGUGAAACGAAGCCAAACUAUUCAAUUAUGUGUUAUGCCAUCCAUUAGCCUGGCUAACCAAGACUUUGGAUUCAUUCAUUCUAAGGUCUAGCAAAAUCUGAAGGAGUGAAAAUUUCAGGGAAAUAUGCCUGACAAUAAUCAGGGCCUGUGAGACUUCAGUUAUUACCCAACAACCUCCACUGUACCAAAAAAAUAAAACCAGCCUUGGCUAGAAAUCAACAAAGUAAUUUUUGUAUCCAAGGUUACUUCCCCACAAGCACUGAACAAAAGAAAUACAGUGACUUAAUAUUAAAGUUUGUGGCCUUUCCAAUAAAGGUUUAUAAAACGGUA